AUGAUCGACCCUCGCCCCUUUCACGUCCUGAGCUACGGCACUCUGCUGGGUGUCCAGGUCUACCAGACCUUUGUCUCGGGCAUUGUCGCCUUUAGAGCCCUUCCUCGUCCCCAGUUCGCAUCGUUGCAAGCUGCAACCUUCCCCGUCUACUUUUCUCUCCAGUCGGCUCUGCCCGUUGUAGUUGCUUUGACUGCUAGCAAGGGUGCAGAUGCAAUUGGCGUCUCUGGUCUUCUCGCUCCAGAGAGCCGUGGGACUUUGGUGCCCAUGGCUACCGUUCUGGUGACUGGACUUAUUAACCAGUUCAUCCUGCGCCCGCGGACAAUCAAUGUGAUGCGCGAGAGGAAGCACCAGGAAACCUGUGAUGGCAAGAAGAGCUACGACCCUGCACCUCACUCCAAGGAGAUGAUGGCUUUGAACAAGAGAUUUGGCCGAAUCCACGGCGCGUCUAGCUUGCUCAACAUGGUCAGCCUUGCCGUUACAAUUUAUUAUGGCGCUGUCCUCAGCAAGCGUAUUUCAUAG